CCAAGAUGUUGACGGUACCUUUCCCGUGAUCUGUGCAUAACGGACGGAACCAGUGCUGCGUAUUAUACGGUAUGUGCAGUUACCCACGUCAACCCUCGAUAGCACUCGCUCUCGCCCUUGGACUUCACCAACUCACGAGAUAGCACAACAUAUUUCCCAGGGCUUAUCCUGGAUUGGGGUAUUUCAUGACUGGCCGAUGGAAACUUACGCUCCUACCGGCCUAGAUUUUUCGGAAGACAAAAGUUCAACCUCCAGACCUGCUCUCCUUGGCCAUCCUUCUUUCUCACCACGGGAGAAACCCCCAAUGUGAUAGGCUAGCUUCCAAUGCUGCAGCCCAUCGGAACGAGACAACUCCCCAUCUCCUAACGCCUUCGGCAUCGAACACGAUGAGCCAAUGGCACAACAAAAUACGCAGUGCUGCCGCCAUAACCGAGGAGCGUCGCCUAUACGCGACGGGAGGGCAGACGCUCGAGGAUCUAGACGCCAAGUACCCGAACCGGCCAAGGAACCACUCGCAGACCCUGCUCUUCUCCGAGCUGUUCAGGGACCUGUUCAACCCGCUAAGCGAGAACAAGAAGCAGCCCGUCGGCCCUAGGACAGCUCGCUCCAAACGCGGGCCCCACGGCCCGAGCAAGCUCUCGCCGCAGGAGUUCCGUCGCAAUGUUGUCGACCGCUUCAUAUCGAGGUGGCGGACCGAGGUCGGCAACGACAUCUACCCGGCCAUGCGCCUCAUCCUGCCCUCCUCCGACCGUGACCGGGGCAUGUACGGGCUCAAGGAGAGCAACAUAGGCAGGCUGCUCGUAAAGCUGAUGAGGAUCGACAAGAACUCGGAGGACGCCCAGAAUAUCCUGCGCUGGAAGACGCCGGUCCAGUCCGCCGCCGCCCGCGCCGCCGGCGACUUCGGGGGGAGGUGCUUCGACAUUAUAUCCAAGCGGCCCAUGCGCAUAGAGCCGGGCGACAUGCGCAUCGCCGAGGUCAACGAGAUGCUCGACAAGCUGGCCUCCGCGUCCGGCGAGAGCGAGCAGCUGCCAAUAUUCGAGGUCUUCUACCAGCGCAUGAACGCUGAGGAGCUUAAGUGGCUCAUCCGCAUCAUCCUGAAGGAGAUGAAAGUCGGCGCCACCGAGAGGACCUUCAUGGAGCGCUGGCACCCCGACGCCCUCGACCUGUUCAGCGUAUCCUCGAGCCUCCGUCAGGUCUGCUGGGACCUGUACGACUCCUCCGUCCGCCUCGCCGACGGCCAGAUCGACGUUAGGCUGAUGCAGUGCUUCCAGCCUCAGCUCUGCCACUACCAGAUGUCGACCUCGUUCGAGAAGAUGGUCGACAGGCUGAACACGACAAACCGGAUCGAGGGUGACGAUGAGUUCUGGAUCGAGGAAAAGCUUGACGGCGAACGGAUCCAGUUGCACAUGGAAGAGGGCGACGACGUCCCCGGCGGCAAGCGGUUCCGCUUCUGGUCGAGGAAGGCCAAGGAUUACACCUACUUGUACGGCGAGGGCUUCGAGGACGAGAACUCGUCGCUGACCCGCCAUCUCCGAGACGCAUUCGCGCCCGGCGUGCGGAACAUCAUCCUCGACGGCGAGAUGAUCGUAUGGGACCCGGAGAUCGGCAAGGUGCUGAAGUUCGGGACCCUCAAGACGGCGGCCCUCGCUGAGCAGCGCAACCCGCACAACGACAGCGCGCCUCGGCCCGUGCUCCGCGUCUUCGACAUCCUUUACCUCAACGACAAGCCCCUGGCGCAGUAUACGCUGCGAGAUCGGCGCAACGCGCUCGAGAAAGCCGUACCCGGCGUACCGUACCGGCUCGAGGUGCACAAGUACGUCGCGGCGACGUCUGCGGACGCGAUCGAGCCGAUGCUGCGCAAGAUCAUCUCGGACGCCUCCGAGGGGCUCGUCAUCAAGAACCCGCGGUCGCCGUACAGCCCCAACGAGCGCUGCGACGACUGGAUCAAGGUCAAGCCUGACUACAUGGCCGGGUUCGGCGAGUCGGUCGACGUCGUCGUCAUCGGCGGGUACUACGGGACGGGACGGCGGGGCGGCGCGCUCGCGUCCUUCCUGUGCGGGCUGCGCGCGUCUGAGAACGAGGUGCAGGCGGGCGUGAACCCGGAGCGCUGCUACAGCUUCGUCAAAGUGGGCGGCGGGUUCCGGGCCGAGGACCUGGCCGACAUCCGGCACCACACGGAGGGGCGGUGGCGGCCGUGGGACGCGAAGCACCCGCCGAGCGAGUACGUGCAGCUCGCGGGCGGCGAGCGGCACCAAAUCGAGCGGCCCGACGUGUGGAUCCGGCCGAGCGAGUCGGUCGUAAUAUCGGUCAAGGCGGCGAGCGCCGGCGAGUCGGACCAGUUCGCCAAGGGCGUCACGCUGCGCUUCCCGCGCUUCAAGGGGCUGCGGCUCGACCGCUCCUGGGACUCAGCGCUCGACUACCCGGGCUUCCUGGAUAUGCAGGCGCGGGCGGAGCGCGACGGCGCCGAGCGCGCCAUGAAGAUGGAGUCGGGGCGGCAGCGCGGCGUCAAGCGCCGGCGGCGGGACGUGGUGAUCGCGGGGCAGGACCCGGGGGCCGGCCCGGCGCCCGGCGUCGCGGCCCGCAGCGCUACGGGCGUCUUCGCCGGGCUCGAGUUCUGCGUGCUGACCGACUGCGCGGGGCCCCCGAAGCGCAGCAAGGCGCAGCUCGAGGCGCUCAUCAAGCAGAACGGCGGCCGCGUGUGGCAGCGCCCGACCCCGGGCACGGGCAUGGUGCUCGUCGGCGAGAAGAACGUGGUCGCGGUGGCGAGCCUGGUCAAGGCAGCCGCGGCCGCGGCCGCAAGUGACGGUGGCGACGGUGGCGACGGCGUCGACAUCGUGCGGCCGAAGUGGAUCCUCGACUGCCUCGGGCAGCAGCGCGACGGUGACGGCAGCGGCAGCAGCCGGGGCGCCGACGCCUUCCUCCUCCCCUUCGAGACGAGCCACCUCUUCCGCGCGACCGCGACGACGCGGCGACUCGCGGCGACGAGCACGGACGAGUUCGGCGACAGCUACGCGCGGAUGGUGGACGUGCCGGAGCUGCGGCAGCUGCUCGCGACGAUGGCGUCGACGCGGCUGCAGGGCUCGUCGUCGUCGAAGCCCGAGCGCGCCGCCGCCGCCGCCACCUUCCUGGAGCAGCUUACGGCGCGCGGCCACGACGUGAGCGCGCAGCUGCACGGCCACGUGUUCCGGGGCACGCGGGUGUACUUCGCGGGGCCCGCGCGCUCUCCUGCGCCCGACGGCGCGCCGCCGCCGCCGCCGCCGCCGCACCUCCGGCUCCAGAACUGGGUCCGGUACGGCGGCGGCGAGAUCGCCGAGGACCUGGACGACCGGCGCGUCACGCACAUCGUGGUGCUGGCCGACGACGGAGCCGACGACGGCGCGGGCGUGAUGGCGCGCGCGGCCGAGGUGCGCGCCGUCAUUAGCACGCGCACGCCCGUACCGAGGGUAGUGUCGCGCCAGUGGGUCGAGGACUGCUGGGAGAACCGGACGCUGGUGGACGAGGAGAGGUACGCGCCGCCGUGACGGGCGGGAGGGACCAGUGAGUAUAGAGGGGUUAGUCACGUUUUAUACCUUCGCUUGAUUAAUACCUAACUACACUCUGGUUUUUGUGGCUCGCCCGGGCUUGAUCUGCAUUGUUCGUUACGGAAUACACGACGCAGUCUCUGGGUUUUUCAUUGUGAUUCCCCCCAUCCCGGGUCUAUAUGCGUCCCC